CGCACCUCUCCUCCCUCCCUUUCCUGGGAAAGAGAGAAGCCAACGCUGCGGGUGGGUAGAGAAGCACUCGGCGCCUCCGGGAGGGGACUGCGCCCGCCCCAUCUGAGUCCCGAAGCACGGCCAGACCAGGUUACACAAUGUUCUCCUAUGCUUGAGAUCUACAGACUACGUAUCCUGCAAGAACUAAUCAAUGGUUUUUCAUCUCCUGGAAAUAAAAACAUAAAUAUGGUGCCAAAAGAACUCUUUACCUUACUCUGACAACAGUUUAUUCGGCUAUACUUUUAUAUUGAAGAGACGUAUACAGAUUCAAUUACUCGUGCGGAGACUGUCGUGUAGGAUCAUGGACCAUCCUAGUAGGGAAAAGGAUGAAAGACAACGGACAACUAAACCCAUGGCACAAAGGAGAGAACAUUGUUCCCGACCAUCUGGCUCAACAUCCUCUGGGGUUCUUAUGGUGGGACCCAACUUCAGGGUUGGCAAGAAAAUAGGGUGUGGGAACUUCGGAGAGCUCAGAUUAGGUAAAAAUCUCUACACCAAUGAAUAUGUAGCUAUCAAACUGGAACCAAUAAAAUCACGUGCUCCACAGCUUCAUUUAGAGUACAGGUUUUAUAAGCAGCUCGGCAGUGCAGGUGAAGGUCUCCCACAGGUGUAUUACUUUGGACCGUGUGGGAAGUACAAUGCCAUGGUGCUGGAGCUUCUUGGCCCUAGCUUGGAGGACUUGUUUGACCUCUGCGACCGGACCUUUACUUUGAAGACUGUGUUAAUGAUAGCCAUUCAGUUGCUUUCCCGAAUGGAGUAUGUCCACUCAAAGAAUCUCAUCUACCGAGAUGUCAAGCCAGAGAACUUCCUGAUCGGUCGACAAGGCAAUAAGAAAGAGCAUGUCAUACACAUUAUAGACUUUGGACUGGCCAAGGAAUACAUUGACCCUGAAACCAAAAAGCAUAUACCUUAUAGGGAACACAAAAGUUUAACUGGAACAGCAAGAUACAUGUCUAUCAACACGCAUCUUGGCAAAGAGCAGAGCCGGCGCGAUGAUUUGGAAGCCCUGGGCCAUAUGUUCAUGUAUUUCCUUCGAGGCAGCCUUCCCUGGCAAGGACUCAAGGCUGAUACCUUAAAAGAAAGAUAUCAAAAAAUUGGUGACACCAAAAGGAAUACUCCCAUUGAAGCUCUCUGUGAAAACUUCCCAGAGGAGAUGGCAACCUACCUGCGAUAUGUCAGGCGAUUAGACUUCUUUGAGAAACCUGACUAUGAGUAUUUACGGACGCUCUUCACAGACCUCUUUGAAAGGAAAGGCUACACCUUUGACUACGCGUAUGAUUGGGUUGGGAGGCCUAUUCCCACUCCGGUAGGGUCAGUUCAUGUAGAUUCUGGUGCAUCUGCCAUAACUCGAGAAAGCCACACACACAGGGAUCGGCCAUCACAACAGCCUCUACGAAAUCAGACUGCAUCGUCAGAGCGCCGAGGAGAGUGGGAAAUCCAGCCAAGCCGGCAGACCAAUACCUCAUACCUGACGUCUCACUUGGCCGCAGACCGCCAUGGGGGAUCAGUGCAGGUGGUUAGCUCAACCAAUGGAGAGCUGAAUGUCGACGACCCCACGGGAGCCCACUCCAAUGCACCCAUCACAGCUCACGCCGAGGUGGAGGUAGUGGAGGAAGCUAACUGCCUGAAAAUGCUCAACCUGUGGUGCUGCUGCUUCUUUAAGAGGAAAAGGAAGAAGACCACCCAGCGCCACAAGUGACCAGUGCCUCUCAGGAGUCCUCAGGCCUUGGGGACUCUGACUCGAUUGCACCCGCAGCUCCUGCCAUUUCUCAUUGGAAGGGACUCCUCUGUGGGGGGAGGGUGGAGAUCCAAACCAAAAAGAAGAAAACAGAUGCCCCCAGAAGGAGCCAGUGUGGGCAGCCAAGGCCCAGUGGGUCAGUGGCCACCGCUACCUGCCUAAGGCUCUGAGCAGGUCCCAGAGCCGCAGGUCCUCCACUGCUUGCCCUCUGGGCUGCCUGGUUGACUCUCCUUCCUAUUGUUUACAGUGAAGGUGUCAUUCACAAAAACUCAAGGACUACUAUUCUCUUCCCACCCCUUAGUUUACUCCUGGUUCUUGCCCCACCCUCAACCCUCUCCAGCACACAAGCUAAUGAGCUGAAGGCUUUGUCUGCUGAAGGAGUUUAAGAGGCUGGGGGUGUGGCCAAGAAGGUGGGAGGAAGGUGCAGGCCAGAGCUGGAGAAGGACCUUCUCCGCCCACCAGCUGUGUUGGCGGCGCAGCUCCCUCUCCGUGCCUGUGCAGCCUCCGCCCCCAGCUGGCCGUGGGGUGCAGGUUGCUCCCUCUUUCCCUCUUGUGAAGUUACACUGUAGCACGCAAGCUGUGAGAAAUCUGCAGUCUACUGUCCCUGCGUGUUGGCGCUCUCAGCUUUCUUGACAAGCAGACUCUGUUCUCCAGACAGUAGUAGUAGAACGUUGCAAGUUGUUCUGAGCAAAGGAAAAGACUGACUUUAUUGCACUUUUAGUUGUUUUUUUUU